GCGGCUUUUUCAUCUAGCCUAAUGCUAACAAGACAGCUGCAAUGGAUUUUAUAUUGUUUAGUAUUGCUCGUUUCAACUUAACACAAUAGUCAAGCAGCAGCUGUAUUAUCGUUAUGUGCUUUAUUUAUUGACAGUAUUCUAUGCUUAAUUAUUUGCAGAAGUUUUAUUAAAUAAGUAUUAAUAUGGCACCUGUAGAAAGUACAGACACUGAACCAAGAGGUAUUAAACGCGAGUAUAGUGAAUCGCCUGAACGAGAGAAGAAAUUAAAAACAUCUCCUGUAAUUACUACUGAUGUGAAACCUAAUGUGAGGUGUAAGUAUUGUUAUCGUACACAAACUGAAAGUGUUUCUAUUCCAUCCAAUGCUGAACCCGAAUGUAUUGUUCUUACCAAUGAGACAUUAGCCAAUAUUUAUACUGAUAAUUUUAAUGUUAUUCAGCAUAAUUUAACUGAUUUUAGUAUUUAUGAUGAAAAUGGUCACAUGUGCUCGAUUGACACUGGUAUGAUGGAAAGAAAUAUGGCAUUAUAUUUAACUGGAUAUGUUAAACCAAUAUAUGAUCAUAAUCCAAGUGUUGAAGAAGGAAUUCCUGCAAAAGAAUUAGGUCCCAUAUUAGAAUGGUGGUUAUCCUCAUAUGAUGGAGGAGAUAAAGCUUUAAUUGGUAUAUCUACCGAUUAUGCUGAUUACUUACUUAUUGAGCCACAUCCGAGUUAUAAAAAAUAUAUGACAUCUGUUACCGAGAAAAUACAUUUAAGUAAAUUGGUGAUAGAGAGUAUGAUAGAUAAUAGCGAAUCAGAUGAUCCAACUUAUGAAGAUAUUUUAAAUUGUAUUGUUAAUUCUAUUAAUCCAGCAACUGGAAAUAAAUUCACUGAAGAAGAUCUUAUCGCUCAUGCUCAGUUUGUUUUGGAUCAAGUAGCAGAUUAUGAUUCAAAUGAUACAUAUUACUUACCAUUAUCUGAUACUCAAUGUAUUGAUACAUUGACUCAGUUAUCUGGUGCAGCAAAACCUGUUAAAACCUUAGCUAAAAGAUCAGAAAGAGCUGGACAUAGAACAAGAGGUGUUAAAACAGAUGUUAGUAAACGAGAAUUUAGUAAAGCUACAACCACUGAAUUAGUCAAAGAUGUAUUUGAAAAUAUGUUUGCUGCUCAAUUAGAUAAUGAAGAUAAAGAAAAUGAGGUAGCAGUUAAUAAGUUAGUAAAAAAUGUGAUAGAGGAUGCAUGUAAAGUAAAAGUUAAAGAAGAAUCUAAUAUUGAAAAUUCAAAUGAUAAUCAGGUUAUGUGGAAAGAUCACAAACUAAGUGAAAAAAUGUUUGUAGUUGUAAAGAGUUCUGAUCAAGCAGUUCCUCUUAUUGGACGAAUAGAAUAUUUUUACAAAAACAAUUUUAAAGAUAAAGCUCAUAUAAGUUUAUUCAUGCAUAGUUAUGAAACAGUAUUAGGUCAAGCAUCAGAUCCCCAAGAAAUUUUUGCCUUAAAAAGAUGUAAAAAUAUUGAAGUUAACAAUGUUAUUAAUGUAUUUGAUGUAAAACAAAAAAUUCCUAGUGAUAAUUGGUUUAAACUUGGAGGAUCCAAAAUACAAGAUUUAAUGGAGCCAGUUGAUCGAAAUGAUAAAAAAUCUUUUUUUUUUCAAUUAUGUUAUGAUGAUGAAUAUGGUCGAUUUGAGUAUCCAAUGGGAAAUUUGAAUAACAUGAAAAAUGAAAAAUAUUGCAGUAAUUGUGAGAUUGAACGUUUAGAAAAAAAAUCUCAAAUGCCCGAAUUUCUUGAAUUAAUUGAAAAAGAAAGUCCAGUUACUUAUUAUUACAAGUUCAAAUAUCUUAAUGAAGAGUAUAAAAUUGGAAGCUUUAUUUAUUUGCCAUCAGAUAUAUUUUCAACAGCCAAAAGAGCAAAUUUUGUUGGUGAAAAACCAUUUGUAUUUACAGAUUCUAACAAAGUUAAAAAUAAUCAAAGUCUUAAAAAAGUUGAUGAAGAAAAAUAUCCAGAGUAUUAUCGUAAAACAUUGGAAAAUACUAUGCGUGGAUCAAAUGAGACUACUCCAGAUCCUUUUGAAAUUGCUGAAAUUUUAGCUAUUUACACUAUAGAUCAAGAUAAAAAAAAUGCAAGACUUAUUGUACGUCGUAUGUAUAGAGCUGAAAAAAUUAAUUUAGAAGAUUAUGGCAAAAAUGCUGACAUAAAUAUGUUGCUUUGGUCUGAAGAAGAAUUUAGAGUAACAUAUGACAACAUUUGUGGCAAAUGUUAUGUAGCUUAUAUCAAUAAUAUUCAAGAUCCACUCACUUGGUCAACUGGAGGCCCAAAUCGAUUUUUUUUUAAAAAAAAAUAUGAUUUUUUGACCGGUACAGUUAUUCCUGAUCAUCAACUGCCUUGUUCUGCAAGAUUGACUGGAAAAGAAGUGUAUGUGAAUCAAAAUUAUAAAUAUGUCGAUGAAGAUAAAAUUCAGUAUAUACCAAGCUAUCCUAAAAUUGAGCCCCUUAAAGGUUUAGAUAUAUUUGCUGGCUGUGGUGGCUUGUCUAGAGGUUUAGAAGAUAGUGGGUUAGUGAAAAGUAAAUGGGCUAUAGAAUGUGAUGAUAAAGCUGCUACUGCAUUUGCUUUAAAUAAUCCAGAAUCAAUUGUUUUUAUUGAAGAUUGUAACCAUCUUUUAAAACAAGCUAUGUCAGGUAAUUUAACAAAUGAAAAAAAUCAAAAAAUACCACAAAGAGGAGAAGUUGAAUUUAUUUGUGGAGGACCUCCAUGUCAAGGCUUUAGUGGUAUGAAUCGUUUUAAUUCAGGUCAAUAUUCAUUGUUCAAGAAUUCUCUUAUUGUAUCAUUUCUUUCUUAUAUUGAUUAUUACAGGCCAAAAUUUUUUGUAAUGGAAAAUGUUCGAAAUUUUGUUUCUUUUAAGAGAAGCAUGGUUCUUAGACUGACACUCAGGUGUAUUACUAGAAUGGGUUAUCAGUGCACAUUUGGUAUUCUUCAAGCUGGUAAUUUUGGAGUACCUCAAACUAGAAGGCGUCUUAUAAUAUUAGCAGCAGCCCCUGGUGAAAAGUUACCUCUUUAUCCUGAACCAACUCAUGUUUUUAAUCGUAGAGGCUCAAGUUUAAAUGUUCAAAUUGGUGAUCAGAAAUUUAAAACCAAUUGUAAAUAUGAUGAAUCUGCACCAAUGAGAACCAUUACUGUGUAUGAUGCCUGGUCUGAUUUACCAGAAAUUGAAAAUGGUGCAUUUAAUGAACAAAUUACAUACAAAUCUAGACCUAUCACUCAUAUGCAAAAACUAUUGAGAUAUCCGAAUCAUCGUUUCAGUGAAUCUUUAUUAAUAGAUCACAUUUGUAAAGAUAUGUCACCACUUGUUCAAGCAAGAAUGGAACUUAUUCCACUUGGAGAAGGCAGUGAUUGGAGAGAUUUACCUAAUAUAGAAGUAAAUUUAUCUGAUGGAACAAUGACAAACAAACUUCUGUAUACACAUCAUGAUGUCAAGAAUGGGAAAGGUAAAAAUGGAGCUUUACGAGGUGUAUGUCCAUGUGCAACUGGUGAGAAAUGUAAUCCACAGGACCGUCAAAAUAAUACAAUUAUUCCAUGGUGUUUACCUCAUACAGGGAACAGACAUAAUAACUGGGCAGGGUUAUAUGGUCGUUUAGCUUGGACAGGUUUUUGCUCAACUACUAUAACCAAUCCUGAACCCAUGGGAAAACAGGGUAGAGUAUUACAUCCAGAACAACAUCGUGUUGUUAGUGUUAGAGAGUGUGCUAGAUCUCAAGGUUUUAAAGAUUCGCAUAUAUUUUAUGGUCCUAUUAUAAAUAAACAUAGACAAAUUGGAAAUGCUGUACCACCACCAAUGGGUACCGCUAUUGGCCAUGAAAUAAUCAAAGCCAUUAGUCAAAAGCCUACCAAGAUCCUUAUGUACACAAAAAAGUCAACAAAUGAUAAUGAACCAAUUGAGAUCAAAAUAAAAAUCUGCAAAGAUAAUUAAUUCAGAAUUUAUAUUUUAUAUACUUUUAAUAAAAAAAAUUUGUAUAAAUAAAAUAGAAUUUUAUAUGGAUAUGAUUGUCGAUAGAAAAUAUUAUUUGUAGUUAACUUAUUUUCAAUGCCAAUUCUAUUUUAAUUACUAGUUGUAAAAUCUAAAAUUAUUUAUUUAAAAAUUUAACAAUAUUAUUUUAACUUUAAAACAUUCGUAUCAUUUAUGUAGGACUAAUUAACUUAUUGCUUUAGGAAAUCUAUGAAUUAUAAUUAUUCAAUUUUUGUAAAUAAUAAUUUAGAUUUUAUUUCACUAAUUUCUAAUGUGAUUUAUCUAAUAUUUAGACAUAGUUGUUUAUUUAAUUUUCAGGUUUAAGUUUUAAUGUUCAAUGGUUGCAUGACUCAUAUUACCUUAUUUGUACUACUUGGAUAUUAUUUAUUAAAUAUAUUAGACCUUAA